ACAAUGUUGUCCUUUCUUCAAAGCGAAAUCAUCAUUUUAAUAAAAACAACUUGAAAAUCAUCUGUUAGUUAUGGGAGGAGGUUUGCAAAAGGAAGUACCAUUAGAUAAAGAUACAGAACUUAAAACUGACGCUAAAGUCGAUGACGGCUUAACACCGAUGCCAGACCCGAGUGAUACAAAAUCUCACGUUGAUCCGGAAGAGACUUAUACAUCCUCUGCAGAUGAAUAUUCCUUUCACAGUGUAGAGGGCGUUGUUCAGUAUGAAGAAAAGGGUCAAGAAGGAGGAGAAAAAUUAGAUUCCAAUAAAGAUAAACGUGACGAUACUCCAGGAGCGAGCGAGAACAGUAGAAAAGAAAAGGUAAAAUUUGAGGAAAUGUCUGAUCCGAAUUCCAAGUGGGAGAGUGAGAAUGCUGGAGAGCACAAAGGUAAAGGCACUGCAGCUGGAGCAAGAUCACGUUUCAAGCACAUGGAUGCUGAAAGUUCUAGCACAUCUUCACCAAUUAAGUCACCUUCUGAUCAAAAGCAUACUUGGGAAAUACCAUCACCUAAUCAGCCUCGUACUGAUAUUGCAGUUAUCAAAUGUAGUGAUCCAGGCGCUAAGGAUAAAAUUGAAAUUGAUCCUGCCCAGCUGACCCAAAGAUUCAACUUCUUUGAAAACUAUAGAGAGGAAUCAAAAGAAAGAGACGCCAAUAUUGUACGAUCAUCUGAUGCUGGUCAUGAAGUUAUUGUUACCGACACAACUAAAAAGAUGUUGAACAUGUUCAAGGAGUUAGAGAGUCAAUCUAACAGUGGUGAAGCCAUGACUGGUCCUAAACCAGUGAGGGCAAUUACUCCACCACCAGAGUCAACAAAAACCGAUGACAGAGAAUGUGAGCAUUCACCAAAGGCAAAACAACGGUCCGCCGUCAUUCGCUGCAGUUAUAAAAACGAAGAUAAUCUGGUAUGGGAUACUGAUAAAGCAAAGAAUCUUCGUUCCAAGUUUGAGAAUUGGCAACCUGAUGUUGAACAAACUAAAACUAAGAAGGAAGAAGAAUUCCUACCAGAAACAGAUAUGGCUAAAAACCUGCGGGCCAAGUUUGAGGCAAUUCAGGAAGAAAGCACAAAGUCAAAAGAGAAACUAAAACCCACAGGAAAGAGACUUGUGGGUUCAUCUACUGGAGAAGCCUGUGAUCUCUGCCAGAAGCGAUUAUAUCCAGUGGAGAAGAUGGAGGUAGGAGGAUUAAUAUUUCAUCAGAACUGCUUUCGUUGCACUCAUUGUAACUGUGUGUUGAG